UGUUACAUUUUUAUUUUUAUUUUUUGUUGGCAAUUGCAUCAUCUUCAUCAUCAAUCUCCUCCUUCUUCUUAAGUUUUGAUAUAAAAUGGAUACGCCGAUGCGUAUCUGCUGAGAAAGCUUUUCUUCUUUCGCUACCUCUCUCUUCUCUUCUUCUUCUCUAUUUCUACGCUCUCACUCCCCGACGAUUUCAGGAAUAUGGCGCUCUUGUCUCAAGGAGGAGGAGGAGUAUACACUGUGCCAUCUGGACCUGUAUGCAUAAAGAAUGGAACUAAAGCAGUUUCUGGUGGUGUGAGAAAUUUGGAUGUGUUGAGGAUGAAAGAAGCUUUUGUUAGCUCUUAUGCUAGGGGUCUGUCUACCAAAUCAAUGCUACUCCGUUCACAUCAUUCUGUUAAGAGGAGCAAGAGAGGACAUCAGUUGAUUGUUGCGGCAAGCCCUCCUACAGAAGAGGCUGUAGUUGCAACUGAGCCGCUCACGAGAGAGGAUCUCAUUGCCUAUCUUGCCUCUGGUUGCAAAACAAAGGACAAAUAUAGAAUAGGUACAGAACAUGAGAAGUUUGGUUUUGAGGUCAAUACCCUGCGCCCUAUGAAGUAUGAUCAAAUAGCCGAGCUGCUUAACGGUAUCGCUGAAAGAUUUGAAUGGGAAAAAGUAAUGGAAGGGGACAAGAUCAUUGGUCUGAAGCAGGGAAAGCAAAGCAUCUCACUGGAACCUGGUGGUCAAUUCGAGCUUAGUGGUGCACCUCUUGAGACUUUGCACCAAACUUGUGCUGAAGUCAAUUCACAUCUUUAUCAGGUAAAAGCUGUUGCUGAGGAAAUGGGGAUUGGUUUCUUAGGAAUCGGCUUCCAGCCUAAAUGGCGUCGUGAGGAUAUACCCAUCAUGCCAAAGGGAAGAUACGACAUUAUGAGAAAUUACAUGCCAAAAGUUGGCAGCCUUGGGCUUGAUAUGAUGCUCCGAACAUGUACUGUUCAGGUUAAUCUGGAUUUUAGCACAGAAGCUGAUAUGAUCAGGAAGUUUCGUGCUGGUCUUGCUUUGCAACCUAUAGCAACGGCUUUAUUUGCGAAUUCCCCUUUUACAGAAGGAAAGCCUAAUGGUUUUCUCAGCAUGAGAAGCCAAAUAUGGACAGACACCGACAAGGACCGCACAGGAAUGCUACCGUUUGUUUUUGAUGACUCUUUUGGGUUUGAACAGUAUGUUGAUUAUGCACUCGAUGUCCCAAUGUACUUUGCCUACCGAAACCAGAAAUACGUCGACUGUACUGGAAUGACAUUUCGGCAAUUCUUGGCUGGAAAACUUCCGUGUCUCCCUGGUGAGCUGCCUUCAUACAACGAUUGGGAAAAUCACCUGACAACAAUAUUCCCUGAGGUUCGGUUGAAAAGAUACUUGGAGAUGAGAGGUGCUGAUGGAGGUCCCUGGAGGAGACUGUGUGCCUUGCCUGCUUUCUGGGUGGGUUUGUUAUAUGAUGAGGAUAGUCUCCAAGCUAUCCUGGAUUUGACAGCUGACUGGACUCCAGCAGAGAGAGAGAUGCUGAGGAACAAAGUUCCAGUAACUGGCUUAAAGACACCAUUUAGAGAUGGUUUGUUAAAGCAUGUUGCUGAAGAUGUCCUGAAACACGCAAAGGAUGGUUUAGAGCGUAGAGGCUACAAGGAAGCCGGUUUCUUGAACGCAGUCACUGAAGUGGUCAGAACAGGAGUUACUCCGGCGGAGAAGCUCUUGGAAAUGUACCAUGGAGAAUGGGGACAAAGCGUAGAUCCCGUAUUCGAGGAACUGCUGUACUAAAAAUGGGACGUGAACAAAAGGUGUCUAUAAACCUUUGGGUGUGAGUUUAUGCUAUCUGAAGAACUCUGACUCUCAGGAGGGAAUAAGUCUUUUCUUUUUUUUUUUGUAAUCGGAUUUUAAAAACUUGAAUUUUGUUUUAGAAAUUCGAAGCAUUGAAAAUCAGAAGAAAAAUUGUCUGUAACUUAAAACGAUUUCGGUGUGAGAAAUCGUUUUGAAGGGUGUGUUGGAUCUUUGAAUAAAUUACCCAUUUUUCUUAUCACAAA